AUAUUUGAUUUUAAUUGACAAAUUUAUUUUCUGUUCAUGUAGGCAUAUUUUAAAAUAAAUAAACUCGCACAGUCUAAAGGUCAGAUUCCAUUGGUCCUGUCUAUUAUAAUCUAUUUGUGAACAAACUUGCGGGCUACGGACGGGGUCGAAGGGUUCAUUUGAUGAAGAGAGGAUUGAAAUGAUUUCUAUAGUGCGCCGAUCAUCCAAAUAUUGAACUUUUAAAUGUGUAGAUAAGAGAAAAAGUGUUAAGGCAUAUCUGUUGUUAAAAUCUCUAGUAUAAAUUCAAUAAAAUGGCUGCACCUACAAGAAUAUUAAGCCGUGUGUUGGCUGAUGGAAUUAAGGUCGGUCAAACGAUCAGAUUCAAUAGUUACGAGAAUACUAGAAAAAAUUUAAAAUUAACUGCACAGUCAAAAGUUAUAUGCCAAGGAUUCACUGGAAAACAGGGAACUUUUCACAGUAAACAGGCGAUUGAAUAUGGUACACGAAUGGUUGGUGGUGUUUCCCCUGGAAAAGGAGGAAAGACUCAUCUAGAUCUACCCGUAUUUAAUUCUGUGAAAGAGGCUCGUGAUGCUACUGGUGCAGAUGCUACUGUCAUUUAUGUACCACCCCCAGGGGCUGCAGCAGCCAUUACUGAAGCCAUUGAUGCAGAAGUUCCACUCAUUGUUUGUAUAACUGAGGGUAUCCCUCAACAUGAUAUGGUUAGAGUAAAGCACAAGUUGCUGCGCCAAAACAAGUCCAGACUAAUUGGACCUAAUUGUCCUGGAAUUAUUGCUCCUGAACAGUGUAAAAUAGGCAUUAUGCCUGGCCAUAUUCACCAAAAGGGUGUUAUUGGUGUAGUCUCUAGAUCAGGUACUCUGACCUAUGAAGCAGUCCACCAAACUACCCAAGUUGGUUUGGGACAAACUCUUUGUGUCGGCAUUGGUGGUGAUCCCUUCAAUGGUACUGACUUUAUUGAUUGUCUGGAAGUAUUUUUGAAUGACCCUGAAACCAAAGGUAUUAUACUCAUUGGAGAAAUUGGAGGGGUGGCUGAAGAGCAGGCUGCUGAAUAUCUGAUGAAGCACAAUUCUGGUACUAAUGCAAAGCCAGUUGUAUCAUUCAUUGCCGGUCUCUCUGCACCUCCUGGACGUCGUAUGGGCCAUGCUGGUGCUAUUAUUUCAGGGGGCAAGGGAGGUGCUCAAGAUAAGAUAAAUGCUUUGGAAAAAGCAGGUGUUAUAGUCACAAAGUCUCCUGCUCAAAUGGGCAAUGAAUUGCUUAAAGAAAUGCGUCGUUUAGGAUUAGCCUAAGAAGUCGAUUUUUAAUUGUGUAUUAAAAGGCCGUUUUAUGCAUCAUCUAAGAGUUUGAAUUAACUGUAUAGCCUUUAAAGUUUUAACUGAUUUGCCUCACCAGUUCUUUAAUGUGUAUAUUCAAAAUUCCACUUGUUAUUAAAAUAAUCUCUAUUUU